ACAUCACUCUAUUUACAAUUUGUGAUAAAGCUUUGAUAAAAAUUACCACUAGAGGGUAUGUUUUGCUUCAGUUUAUUUUCCGAACAGCUGAUUGUUGAUUGCAAUAAUGUGUCAAAGCUCAUAAAAAUGUCUAGAAAUCAAAAAAGUUUAAAUAAAACGGAAAAUUUGGUUUUAUAAUUUUUUGUUUAACAUUAUUGAAUAGCAAUUAGUGUUAAUAACUAUAAAUUAAUCCAAAAUUCAAUCAAAUGUUGAAAGUGUCGAUUUAAUCUGAUUAUACAUGACUAUAAAUAUUAACAACCCGGCAAAUUAAAGUAUGACACUCACCUUUCAACGUCUUGUCAAGAAAAAAAUUAACUUUCGAGUUGAUGUGUUCACAGUAAUAACGAUGUUCAUCAUUGUAAUAGCAUUUUAUUCAUUAUUAUCAAAAGAAUGUACAGCAAAGAUGAAUCCUGUUACAAAUAAACCAAAUUACAGGCUAAUUGUGCUCAUUCUUACUAGCCCAGGAAACAUGAAACAGAGAGAUACAAUCAGAAAAACAUGGAUUUCUGAUAGAAAUUUCAAUGUCAAGCAUUUCUUCGCCAUAGGAACGUUAAAUAUUGAUCAAGAACAAUUGGAAACUCUUCAAUCAGAACAACAGAAAUUCAAAGAUUUAUUAUUUCUACCAAAACUUCAAGAUUCUUAUGGAACUCUGACUAAAAAAGUUCUACAAUCAUUUCAAAAAAUUUAUGAAGAUUAUACGUUUGAUUAUUUACUUAAAUGUGAUGAUGAUUCGUUUGUUUUAUUACAACAAUUGUUAGUGAAUCUUCAAUCUUGGGAAGCUAAAGGAACUCGGAAAGAAUUGUACUGGGGUUUUUUCAAUGGAAAAGCUCAUGUAAAGAGACGAGGACCUUGGAAAGAGCCUGAAUGGAAUUUAUGUGAUUAUUAUCUUCCAUAUGCUGUUGGUGGUGGAUAUGUAUUGUCUUACAAUCUGGUUAAAUAUAUUGCUGUUAAUGCUGAUAAUUUAAGGUUAUUCAAUGCUGAAGAUGUAUCUGUUGGCUUAUGGCUUGCUCCAGUUGCAAAUAUUGAAAGAAAACAUGAUAUCCGUUUCGACACCGAGUAUAGAUCUAGAGGCUGUUCUAAUCAGUAUUUAAUUACUCACAAACAAAGUAGUGAAAGCAUACAAAGUGUACAUAAUCAUUAUCAAACUUCAGGAAAUUUGUGUGCUCAAGAAGUGAGUGAGAGGAUGAGCUAUCAGUAUAAUUGGACUGCUCCUCCUAGUCAAUGUUGUGAAAGAAAGCCUGGAUUAAUUUAAUAAGUUUCUGAUAAACACUUUAAUUUAUAUUUAAUCAUUGCUAAUAAGAAUCUAGUCAAUUUAAAGGACUAUAAAAAUUAAUAAUCAUUAUAUUCAAUCAUUAUCUCUUAUAUUUCAUAAAAAAUUUUGUAAAUCAGUUAAAUUAAAACAUUAUUGUG